AUGUCUUUUUACGGCGGGCCUGCUUCGGGCGAUGGAUAUUACGGCCCAACGCCGGGAGGACAAGAUGCACCAAACCAGCAGCAGGAACAGCCCGCCCAGCAGAAUCCCCAGCAGGCUAGAAACUUGUCACCCACCAUGGCCGCUAUGAGCUUGGAAAACGCGGCGGCUUCUCCAAAAUUCCAGCGAAAGGCCAUUGGCAUGCCAGGCCGCGCCCCAUCUCAGAGAGCACCACCGCAGGAACAGUCACGGCCGGCCUCUCAACAAUGGCCGGCCGGGCACCCCUAUGAAGUUCUAGGACCGGUCCCGUCGGCGCAGCCCUUUGUUGCGGAGCCUGGCAACUCGGUAGCCCCCGAGCACGGUUCCGGCCAGACGGCCAACGCAACGCCGACGCCGGCUGCUUCUGCCAACAGCACCGGGCCCGGGCCGUCUUCAAAUACUACCGCUACUCCGGACAGCGAGGGUCUGAUCGUGGUUGAGAAGCCUCCCCCCCCUGACCACGAAGGGCUCCAGGCCAUCCCCCAGCGGUACUCUUAUGCGGACCCAUAUGCCCCAUAUCACCAACAGGCACCUCCAAGCUCGCAGGGUCCGCCAGCCCAGCAGUGGCAAGCGUACAAUCCCUACAACAGCCAACCGACUGGUUACUACCCGCCAGCGGCCUCUGGGUAUUCCUCAUCGGGCGCCCCGCAGCCGCAGACAAACCGCAACUCGCAGUAUGGCAACCCAUACCCGCCGUCCAGCAGUUCAUCUCCACAUCCCCCGUCGAAUUCCAGCAGCCCGGCAGGGUCGUCUCCGUACCAGCACCCAGCCACUCCGCAGCCCACGGCAGGUCACUACUACCCCCCGGCACAAUAUGCCUCUCCCAGCGCCCACCCACACCACUCGGUGACAUUCCCGGGUGCGUAUCCCGGGGCGCCACCGGGUCCCCAAGGCGCCCAAGGACCGCCUACCUCGCCCUAUCUCCAGCAGGCUUCCAUCUCGCCCUCCCCGCCUCAGCCGUCGGCGGCAGUCUCGUACUCGCCAGCUGCUUUCCCAGCCAACCCACACAGGGCGUCGACCCAGCCCUCGGUUGGCGCCAACCCUCCGGGCGAUGGCACGACGCCUGCCCCUUCGGCCAUCCCUUCCACACCUUCCAUGACUCCGCCAGCUGCCGCGGCGGCUGCUGCCAGCCCCUACAACAUUCCCAUGCCGCCCAACCAGUCAAACCCCGGUCCCAUCGCGGGGACUGUGGGGAACGCCGGCCAGAAGAUUGGCGGCUAUGCUACUUCUGUUUUUGGCAAGGAGAAGCGUGACUCGGUCGGGAGCUGGACCAAGAGGACGGCGAGCCGAAUGGGCGGCGCCAUCAAGAGCGCCGCCUCGUCGGCACACCAGGCCGCCUACAACGCGCAGCUCGCCGCCCAGCAGAAGCAGAAGGCGGCCUUGGCGGCGGCCACCGCUGCGAAGCCGCCCAAACCGUCCAACCCGCACUGGGGCGCAGUUCAAAACGCGAAUCCCCAGGCUCAGGGGCAAGGGCAAGGGCAGGGUCAACCGCCUCCGAGCUGGAAUGCACAGCAACAGCCUGCCGGUCCUCCUGGGUUCGCUCCUCAGGCUCCAGGGCAGGGACAGGGACAGCCGCCUCAGAACUGGAACCCCCAGGCCGUUGGCACUGCUCCUGCUGCUUUCCAGGGACAGGCGCAGGGACAGGGACAGCCUCCCCAGAACUGGAAUCCCCAAGCCGCCGCCCCUCUGCCUACCGGUGCACAAUCGCCCCAGCAGCAGGGAAACCCAGCAGCAUAUAUGGGACAGCCGCCGCAAAACUGGAAUCCCCAGCUCGCGGGCACUCCGCCUGCUGGGUUUCCCGCCCAGGCUCAAGGUCCGCCGGGUGGGCAGCCUCCCCAGCCGCAAGCGGGGCCAGGCGUGUACGGCAGCCAGCCUCCCCAAAACUUGAACCCCCAACUUGCCGGGCCCCAGCCUGCGGGGCCGGCUGCUCAAGGUACCGCACCCGGGUAUGGAGGACAGCCUCCUCAGACUUGGAAUCCCCAGGCUGUUGGCACUCCUUCUGUGCUCACCGCUCAGGCUAUGGGACCGGUUACCGGCGGACGGCCUCCUCAGGCCUGGAACCCGCAGUUUUCUGGUACUCCUGGGCCUGCUGCACAGACUCCGACGCUUGGGGUUGGCGGACAAACUCCUCAAAACUGGAAUACCCAGCCUGUUAGCACUCCUUCCGGGCCCGCUGCUCAAGCGGUAGGGCCCAGAGUUGGCGGACAGCCCCCUCAACAGCAAGCGAGUCCAGUCUUGUACGGGGCCCAAGCCGGCCGGAGCUGGGGUUCUCAGCCUGCGGGAGCUCCCCCUGGACCCGCCGCCCAAGCUGCCGGGCCUAGUGUUUCCGGACAGGCCCCGCAGAACUGGAAUCCACAGUCCACGGCAACUCCUCCACCUAGACAGGCUGCUCAGACUCCAGGACCCGGCGUCCAGCAAGCACAGACGUGGCCCGCCGCUGUGGCUCAACCUCCUGCCCAAACACCUCCAGCCGGUCCCCAGCCCCAGGCCCAGUCUCCUCCGGUUCCUGGGGCUGCGUCUCCGCCCACGGCAAAUGGCGCGAACCGAGAAAUGGGCGGGCAGCAGCCUGCUCAGCCGCAGCCUCAACCUCAGGGAGGCGUGCAACAGUUUGCUCCCCAGGCGAAUGCCCCUGGCCAGCAAUCCCCAGUCCCGACGGGCGCAUCCGGACCUCCCGACGGACCUGCUGCUGCGAACCAGUGGUCGACGGGACCAUCCCCUGCGCAGUGGAAUGGAGGUCAAGCGGCGCAGAUGUCGCCGCCCGCCGCCGCUAGCCCUCCUCCGCAACCAGGCGCAGGUCCAGAAAGCGGUGUUGUGCAGCAGCAGCAACAACAGCCGCAGCAGCAGCAGCAACAACAACCGCAACAGCAACAAUUUCAGCCGCAACAGCAACAGCAGCAACACCAACUACAACCGCACCAACAGCUUCAGCAACAGUUGCAACCACAGCAACAGCCACAGCAGCAAUUUCAAUCUCAACAGCAACAACAGCCCCAACAGCAACAACAGCCCCAACAACAACUGCAACCGCCACAACAGCUGCAACAACAAUUGCAACCACAGCCGUGGAACCCGGCGGGUAAUGCUCCGGGACCAGCAGGGCCCUACCCUCCCCAGUUCAACCCGCAACAACCUCCGGCGUGGCCAGCCCAACAAGUCGGUCCAGGACAAACUGUCGCUCCGGCCGGAGCCAUGCCGCCCGCUCAGCCGCAGUGGGCGCCGCAGUGGAUACCGCAACAGCAGCUAGUCGCCGCGCGUGACAACAGCGGGCAGCCCCAGCCGGCGCAAAUGCAGCAGGGCCCCGGCGCGGUUCCUCUGCCUGUCCAGCAGCAGACACAACCGCAGCUGCAGGGGGCGUGGAACAUGGCCCAGCAAGCCUUCACCCCAGGAUUCACGCCGCAGUACCCGCCAGGCCAGACACCGCCGCAGCCUCAGCAAUAUGCAUACCCGCCGCCGCCGCCGCAGCAGCAGCAGCAGCAACCUGUCCAGUCAUAUUUCUCGCAGCAGCCACCUCCCCAGCCAUACCCGCAGCAGCAGCAGAAGGCCACGUACCCCCUCGCACCGGGACAGUCACAGCCUGUGCUGGGCGGCGUGCCUCCAGCCGGCCCAGCCCCAGCCUCAACCACCAACCAAGCGCAGGCGCCAGCCGGAGCAGUGCGCGGCGGGGCAGCACGGGGCCGUGGUCGCGGGGGGCCAGCACGAGGCAGAGGCAGAGGCGGGGCAGCCAGCGGCGCAAACGCGCGUACAUCUGGAUCACAGCCAGCAGCACCAGCACAAGCACCAGCACCAGUAGCAACAACAUCAUCAGGCAUGUCGAGCAUGUUCGCCGUGGCGGGCGGGCUCGCGGCUGUCGGGCUCGGCGCGCUGGGGGCGUCACAUGCUUCCAAGCUCGUCGCCGGCGGCGCGGGGAUCAAGAAGCCACAGCGGAGCGGCAUGGUCAAGUUUGGGAGGUUCCUUGCUUCGGCGGUGGGGGAUGACGAUGGUGAUGAUGGCGGUGACGAUGAUGGUGGUGAUGACGAGGGUGGUGACGAGGGUGGUGCAGGGGACGAGGAAGGCGGUGGCUGGGAGGCAUGCGAAGAAGAGGAGGAUGCCGGCGGCGAUACUGGCGGCGACGCUGGCGGCGACGCUGGGUUUGGCUACGACGGCGACGUGCAGAACAGCGGCGAGACGUGGCAGCAGACCGGGGACAGUGGCGCGGGCGGGGAGGACUACGGCAACAACAACACCACCACCACCGACUAUGGCGGCGAGACGGGCUACGGCGGCGAGACGGGCUACGGCGGCGAGACGGGUUAUGGCGGCGACCCGGGUUAUGGCGGCGACCCGGGCUACGGCGACGGCGGACUAGGAGACGCGGCCGCAGACGUCGAGCAGAUCAACAGCGACGCCGCACAGAACCUCGCCGAGAUGGAGCUGGCCAGCGCCCAGGCCAACGCGCAGCUCAUGGACGACAUGUUUGCCAUGCAGGACGCUGCCAACAUCUGA